ACAGCCCGGAACCGUAGAGCAACGAGCAGCGAAGUCACCGCAAGUCGCCCAGCUCGGCCAGCAACUGUUCGUCAUCGUCUUCUUCGGUCGUGCAUGAGAAGGAUAAAGGCAAUAACGGCAACAAAGCCAAGUUGAUGGUGGGAAGUCCGAGCAAAGGGCACAAGAGACGCCAGUCACGCCACGGAAGAGGAGGAGCUGGUGGGGACACUGCUGGUGGGGGAAUCGGUGGUGAAGUGCCUGGCCCAGAUGGCGAGCAGGCCGGCAACGGCAACGAAGAUGAGCGUGGCCAACCCCGCCAGAAGAAGAAGAAGAACGACGCCAAUUCUAAGAGUCCGUCCGAGAGCGUCUCGAGCGAAAGCAGCUCACUGGAGGAUAAUGGCAUGAAUCAUAGCCUACUCUAUAUAGGAAGCCGAAAGGAAGGAUAUCUCUCGCGUGUUGGAAAAGUGAAGCCUACUUUGCUCACCUUUCCUCCGAUUUCGCAUCUUCCAAGUGGACCCAGGGGGGCCAUCUGGUGAGCGAAAUAAUGACACGCCCUCCGAAAUUUCGAAUGUUAUGGUUUGGGGAGAUUACCCUGUAAUUUAUGAAGGCUCCAUUAAUAUGUUGCCGUGAGGGAUUUCAUGACACUGUUACAUGGAACGGUGUACAUUAUUGUUUAGUGAAUGGCCCUUCGUAGCCUCCAUCUUUCAAUCUGAUUCCAUUCCUUCGCGAAUGAAAUCAUAUCGAUAGAAACGUAAACAAAUCCGUGUUUUCAAAUAUCGCCACUAGACGAUAAAUUGGCUCCCGUGGGUCCACUUUGGGCGGAGCCAAAUAAGAGGAAGGGAACCCAAAUUGGCUUCCAAAAAAAGGCCAAACCUUUCGGCUUCCUAUAUAGAGUAGGCUAUGCAUG